UUUUGACAAAAUCGGGAGCUGUGCCGUUUCCUUUCCAAAUUCGAUUUUCUGAGGCCAAAAUCGCGGGGUUGUGCCACUUGUGCGGGGAUUUUUGAAUAGCUUCAAUGAUUCAAGCGGCACGACUUCCUCAUUCAUCACAGACAUGAAUGAAAUCUGCGUCAAUCAGCCUCGGCAAUCGCAGUAAGCAUUGCCUUCCCAAAACGAACCCCCUUGCUGGUGACACCAAAUGGUCCAGCGCCCUCGUGUAUCGCAUCAGAAAAAAAUAAAGCAUGUGAAAGCCUGUAAAAUCAGCGUGUUCCCCGAGUCACCACACGAUCACUCCACAACCUUCCAACCUUCUCACCAACCCACCACGAAUACCCUCUCUAUUCUUUCCCGCCUCACAAUAAUGACAGAAACAGUAAUCAUUCCCGCCGUCGCAAUGUCGAGCAACACACGGGAAAAGAGCCGUCCUCUGCCUGCGGAACUCCUCUACAUCCAAUACUCGCACGCCCAUGAGAAGCAGUAUCUUCCCUCGAUCCGCGCCCUCAUUUCCAAGGACUUGAGCGAGCCUUAUAGUAUUUAUGUAUAUCGGUAUUUCCUGUACCAAUGGGGGGAUCUCUGUCUCAUGGUUCGUUUUCCCUCUUCAAUCUCUGCAGGAAGAAGAACCGCGGCGGAUGGCACCCAAAAUCUCGGGGAAUGUUUGCAUACGAUCGUGAAUCCCGAACUAACAUGGAGAAAUAGGCACUCUCCCCCAACUCCUCGCCUGUAUCUCCUAAGCUGAUCGGUGUCGUCAUUUCCAAACUCGAGCCUCAUACCUCUCCCUCGCACAGCUCCCCCACCACGCUCCGGGGUUACAUUGCCAUGCUGGCGGUCUCCUCCUCGUACCGAAACCACGGUAUCGCAACGACCCUCGUACGAAAAGCCAUAGAUGCCAUGGUGGAACGCGGGGCCGACGAGGUGGUUCUCGAGACGGAGGAGACGAAUAUUCCAGCCAUGAAACUAUAUGAGCGGCUAGGGUUCUUGAGGAGUAAAAAGCUGCAUCGGUAUUAUCUGAAUGGGAAUAGUGCGUACCGGUUGGUUUUACAUUUGAAGAACGUGGGGGAGAUGAUGGAGGCAAAGGAGUUGCAGCAGGGUGGUGGGAUGUUGUAAAUCUGUUGAAUGCUUAUGGGAAUGCAUUGGGUGCACCAGGAGGACAUUCAUUGCUGGGGCAUAUGGGCAUUUUGUGGCGUUAUAUUUUAUACUUGGGUUCUUUGAAUAUACCCUACCAGAUCAUGAAUGCGGGAGUUAUAAAUAUCAUGGCAAGCUUUCUUUCGAGGAAGUCCUCCAAGAUUCGCCAAACACAAAAUAUUGAGAUGUUGUGUGAUCGAGAUCACAAUUCUGCUGGAUAUUGGGCCUCCCAAUGAUUGUCUGCUCUGUAUGGCUAGUAGACUACUAGUAGUUCCCCAGCACCCCUUACAUAACCCUAAAAUCCCAGCAAUUGAUUGCGCCAUCUAUUACAUGCUAAUGAUUGGGCAUCCGUACGCUCCAGCAAAAGUCGAAACCAUAUGUGAUCUUACAAAAUGAGUACAGAGAAGCAAUUAUUCAC